AUGGCAACAGAAACAGGCAGUGGAAGAGGAAAAGGAGGAAAGGGAGUCGUUCUUGGAAAGGGCUCAAAAGGUGCUAAAGCCUCGAAGGGAGGAAAGAGAAUUCGAUCGAAGCCAGGACAACAAGACGCACUCAAGGGAAUCACCAAACCAGCUAUCAGAAGACUUGCUCGUAGAGGUGGUGUCAAGAGAAUCAACGGACUUGUCUAUGAGGAAACUAGAAACGUGUUGAAGCAAUUUUUGGAACAAGUCAUUAGAGACUCUGUCACUUACACAGAGCAUGGGAAGAGAAGAACAGUGACUGCAAUGGACGUUGUCUAUGCCCUUAAACGACAGGGCAGAACUCUUUAUGGCUAUGCAUGA